AAACAAUAAAUAAAUCAAUUAAUUGAUCUUCAUAACUCAGAUUAGCAAUAUGGAUUUAACGAAUAGUGAUAUAAUAUUGAUGGAUGGAGGAUUUCCAAUGGAUCUAGUUGAAAAAGCUGAUCCACUUCCACUCUGGAUCGAUGACUACAACGAAACAAAUCCAGAAGUCGUUAUUCAAAAUCACAUAUCAUAUCUUAGAGCUGGAUCCAAAUUAUUGAAAACAAAUACUUAUCAAUCGACCAUUGAGGGUUUCAUGGAACAUAAAAAAUUGACAAAGGAACAAGCAGAGCAAAAAAUCAUUGAAGGAGUUGAUUUGUGCCAUAAAGCAAUAAAAUUAUACCAGGAAAGCGACGAUGGCGAUAAUGGAAAAAAUAAAAUAUUAGUCGUGGGAGCAACAGGCACAUAUGGUGCUCAUUUGCACGAUGGCUCAGAUUAUACAGGAGAUUUUGCAGAACGUGUUACAAAAAAAGAUUUGAAAGACUUCCAUAGACAGCAAGUUCACGUAUUAAUAAAUUCCAAUAUUGAUGCAUUGGCUUUCGAAACUGUUCCUUGUCAGAUGGAAGGCGAAGCAAUCGCUGAAUUAUUGGCUGAGGAAUAUCCUGGUGUAAAGGCAUGGAUAAGUUUUCAGUGCAAGGAUGAUUUGCAUUUAGCACAUGGAGAAUUAUUUCAUGAAGUAGCCGAAAAAUGUUGGGAAAUAACAAAAGGUAAAUUAUUGGCUGUAGGUGUAAAUUGCGUAAAUCCACGCAACGUUAUCUCUUUAGCAAAAAGUCUAAACGUAAAACGAAACCAAAUGAUACCACUUGUUCUGUAUCCAAACAGUGGAGAGAAAUAUGUACCAGAGCAAGGAUGGCAAGAUAAAAACAAAUGCCCUGAGCUAGAUGAAGAUGCUGAUCAAUGGUUUAAAUUGGGAUGCAAAUUUAUUGGAGGAUGCUGUAGGACAACUCCAAAGGAUAUUGAAAAAUUACGAGACGCAAUAUCUGCAUGGAAAACAAUUUGCAAAAAAUCUGAUUAACUU